AUGAGCGCGCAAUUCAAGCCUCAGCAACGCAGCUCCACUCACGAAUUUGAUCCGCUCGCCGCAGACCACAUCUAUUACGGUCAGUCGCACAAGAAGGGCGCGGGCUCGAGGUCCCGCACGUACUCGGCUAUCGUAGAUAACAGCGCUCGCAACCUCACGGCAACCGGCCUCAAGGAGCAAGCCCGGCGGUCGAGUCACGAUGAGCAAACCAUCCAACCGCGAAAGUUCCUGAUUCCCGUCGAGUCCACUCUGAAGACCUUGCUGUCUCGCGAAGACACGGACAACAACUACCAGAUCACAAUCGAGGAUGCAGGCCCCAAGGUGCUUUCCGUGGGUACGGCAGCCUCCAAUGGCUACAACCGCUUCGACGUCCGCGGAACCUACAUGCUGUCGAACCUCCUGCAGGAGCUCACACUCGCCCAAGACUACGGACGUAAGACGAUCGUCCUCGACGAGGCUCGUUUGAACGAGAACCCCGUCAACCGUCUCCACCGCCUGAUUAGAGACUCGUUCUGGAACAACCUCACACGCCGCAUUGAUGGCUCGAACAUUGAAAAGGUGGCACGCGAUCCGAAGGACUGGACUAGUGACCCACGGCCGCGUGUCUACGUUCCUAAGGGUGCACCGGAGCAGCACGCAUAUUACACUCGGAUUGCAGAGGAACACCCUGGCAUGCGUCUGGAUGUACAAUGGCUGCAGGAAGAAUGCGCGGACCCUGAGUAUGUUCGAGACCUGAAUCAGGCUCCCGGCAUCCUUGCAGUUGCCAUGGAAGAGUAUGUCAAAGACCCCACUACGGGCGAGAAGGACCUUCGCGGCAUGCCAUUCGUCGUGCCUGGUGGCCGCUUCAACGAACUGUAUGGAUGGGACAGCUACAUGGCAUCUCUAGGUCUUCUUGUCCAUGACCGCAUCGAUCUAGUCAAGUCUAUGGUCAUCAACUUUUCUUUCUGCAUCAAGCACUACGGCAAGAUUCUCAACGCAAAUCGGUCCUAUUACCUGUGCCGGACACAGCCACCUUUCCUCACUGACAUGGCGCUGCGCUGCUACGAUCGCAUCAAGCAUGAGCCAGGAGCCCUGGAAUUUUUACGGUUCGCUAUUCUGGCUGCAAUCAAGGAGUACCACAACGUCUGGAUGGCUGCGCCGAGGUACGAUCCUGUUUCCGGGCUAUCAAGGUAUCGGGCAAAUGGCGUAGGUAUUCCGCCUGAGACGGAAGCAUCUCACUUCACGCACCUGCUGGAGCCUUACGCAAAGAAGCACAACAUGACCUUUGCAGAAUUCGUGGACGCUUACAACCACCAUCGUGUGGACGAGCCCGAACUCGACGAGUACUUCCUGCACGACCGAGCAGUGCGCGAGUCUGGUCACGAUACCUCAUACCGCCUAGAGAAGGUGGCUGCCAAUCUUGCCACUGUGGAUCUCAACGCCCUCUUGUACAAGUACGAGACCGAUAUCGCUCGCACCAUCCGCGGCCACUUUGGAGACAGGCUCCUAAUCCCGGCUGAGUUCUGCACCAAGGAUAUGGUGCCCGGCCAUGCGGAGACGUCUGCCACCUGGGAUCGCCGAGCCAGACGGAGGAGGACUCUCAUGGACAAGUUCAUGUGGAACGAGGAGAAGGGCAUGUACUUCGACUACGACACCGUCAAGAAGCAGCGGACUAGCUACGAGAGUGCGACAACGUUCUGGCCGAUGUGGUCUGGUGUUGCGAGCCCUCGCCAGGCGGCGGCGUUAGUUGAGCGUGCUCUCCCCCGCUUCGAAGCAUUUGGUGGCCUCGUCUCCGGAACCGAAGAGUCUCGCGGUAAAGUGGGUCUCGACCGGCCUAACCGUCAAUGGGACUAUCCGUUCGGCUGGGCGCCGCAGCAGAUCCUCGCUUGGGUCGGCUUGCAGCGCUACGGCUACGAGGCUGAGGCGCAGAGGUUGGCGUACAGGUGGCUGUACAUGAUCACUAAGGCUUUCGUCGACUUCAACGGGGUCGUCGUUGAGAAGUACGACGUCACGCGGCCGAUUGAUCCUCACAAGGUUGAAGCCGAGUAUGGCAACCAGGGUAGCGAUUUCAAGGGCGUUCCGCGCGAAGGCUUCGGCUGGGUCAAUGCCAGCUACGUCUACGGUCUCCAGCUCCUCGACGCGCACAUGCGACGCGCACUGGGAGCACUCACGACCUACGACACCUUCACCAAGGCGACCCAGGCGUUGGGCUACGAUUUGUGA